AUUUUUUUGUUCUCUCCCGGGUUUUAGUAACAACCUUUUCGGCAGGUCAAUGUUCUUCUUAGGCCGUAUAAUGAGACAUCAUUUGAGCCAGGUGAGUUAAACCAGGGAGAGAACUAAAACAUGCAGAUUGCCGGGCCAUCGAGGACCGACUUUGGGCACCACUGGGUUAAUGUGUUAAAGGUUCGUGGCUGUGAUGUGGAUGUGCGUGUGGCAACAGAAAAUGCCCAAAGGUACGCGGAUUCAGUCUCCCAGAUGUGAGGGAGCGGACUCUCAUCGCCAUAAAGCCGGACGGAGUCCAGCGCCGCCUUGUUGGACAGAUCAUCCAGCGGUUCGAGCAGCGAGGUUUCAAAUUGGUCGGGCUGAAGAUGCUGCAGGCGUCUCAGGAUGUCCUGUCCGAGCACUACUGCAACCUGAGGACCAAGCCGUUCUACGGCAGUCUGCUGCGCUACAUGACCUCUGGACCCCUGGUUGUGAUGGUAUGGGAAGGGCAUAACGUCGUUCAGACAUCACGGACUAUGGUGGGAAACACUAACCCGGCUGAGGCUCAGGCAGGAACCGUCAGAGGAGAUUUCAGCAUUCAUGUCAGCAGGAACGUGGUCCAUGCCAGUGACUCGGUGGAGGGGGCUAAGAAGGAGAUCCAGCUGUGGUUUCAAACCAAAGACCUUUUGGACUGGGACUCCUGGGACCAGACCAGCACCGGCGAUGUGUGAAGACGGCAUCAAUCGAAGGAAGUGAGAGAUUUACUGCCUCUUUCCCUGCUGCUCAGUGGUCCGUCACUUCAGUGCGACCAAAGGCGAUUGUAAAACAUGAGCUGUAUUCAGUGAUCUCAGUGAUUUACCUCAGAAUUGCACACAAAUAAAAAUGUUGAUGUUCAGUCAGAUUUUAGUUUUUAAUCCUUGUUUGAACUGGUGCAUAUUUUAUUAAUUUGUAAUCAACAUGUUUCUGUCUAAUGGUUAAGUUACUUAAGGGUUUAAGAUGCAGAAUGUUGACUUAAAAGUACACAAAGUUAAUUUAUUAUGAUUGUAUUUUUAAAAAAUGUUCUGUUUGAACCUUUCAUCCACAUUCUCUCAGCGAAGAAACACAUUUUACACACACUUUCUAGACUGGCUUCUUUUUUUUUUUUGUCCCCUAGGCAAAAAUGUUGUAUUUUAGCCAACUUUUUCUACAUUUGGCAAGAUUUGUUUUGAGGCCAUAUUUUGGCCAUGCACUGAAAAUAUUAAUAAAAGAGCAAAAAUGGUUAAAAGUUUUUAAAAAAUGAAACAAAACUAGAAUAAUGUUUAAGUAGAUAAUGACAUAUUUUCCUUAGAGGCGCUAAAGCAAUAACCC